UCCAACACGAGAGAGAGAGAGAAAGAGAAUUAGUCUGUAGUGGCACUAAAAUUAUUAAUGUAAUAAUUGUUAAAAAUAAUGGUGGUAUUCAUCAGUUAAAAAGAAAAGAAGGGAGAGAGAAAGAGAGAGCAUAGGAAAUGGCGAAGAAAAAAGCAGCAGCAGCAGCUCCUCCUCUUCCUCCUCCCCCUCCUCCAUCUUCUUGGGUUAUCACAACUUUCUCGUUCCUCUCCUCUUCUUUCUCUCUCUAGAUCUGCAAAACUUCCGCCCCUUCUGUCUAUAGGUACAGCCACAGGAGCAAAGGAACAAGAAAUGGAGGAGUUGCAGCCACUGGAGGGCUCUUCUUUUUCUUCUCACUAGCUGGGAAUAUAAUCUGGGGAGACAAACAAAUGUUGGAUCGUGAGAUGAAAGUAUGUGCUAUCGAUUAGAGUUGUUGGAAACCAGGUUAUAUGAAUCACCGUUGAUAAUAGUUUAGCCACAAUCAUGAACAUAAAUCAUUUGACAGUCGAAACUGAGGAUACUUUUUCGAGUUUGCUUGAACUUGCUGCCAACAAUGACAUAGAAGGCGUUAAGAGAUGGAUUGGCAGUGAUCCGUCUAGUAUUGAUGAAGUUGGACAGUGGUAUGGGCGGCAAAAGGGCUCGAAGCAAAUGGUUCUUGAGCAUAGAACGCCUUUGAUGGUUGCUGCAACUUAUGGCAGCAUUGAUGUUCUAAAACUGAUCCUUUCUUUACCCGAAAUCGAUGUGAACCGGUCCUGUGGUCGAGAUAAGACCACUGCUCUUCACUGUGCUGCGUCUGGUGGGUCUCGGGAUGCUUUGGAUGCUAUGAAACUGCUUUUGGAGGCGGGUGCUGACCCGAAAUUGGCAGAUGCUAAUGGGUAUCGUCCUCGUGAUGUUCUUGCUGUCUCUCCGAAAUUUCUGGCGACGAAAUUGGGCCUUGAGAGCUUGCUCGGGUCUGAUUCUAUUGUGGAGCAGAAGCUAAGCGUGGUAACGACCAAUUCGAGCUCGAAUUCUCCACCUCUGUCGCCUUCUUCUGGGAACCAAUCUCCAUCAUCUGCUUCGGACUCAACUUCGUCGCCCAAGAGUGAGAAGUUCAAUGCUUCGGAGAAGAAAGAAUACCCAAUUGACCCUUCGUUGCCCGACAUCAAGAACAGCAUCUAUUCGACAGACGAGUUCAGGAUGUUCUCGUUCAAGAUCCGACCUUGCUCCCGUGCAUAUUCCCAUGAUUGGACCGAAUGUCCAUUCGUGCAUCCGGGCGAAAAUGCUCGACGAAGGGACCCGAGAAAAUACCACUACAGCUGUGUGCCAUGCCCCGACUUUCGCAAGGGAGCUUGCCGGAGGGGGGACAUGUGUGAAUACGCUCAUGGCGUUUUCGAAUGUUGGCUGCACCCUGCUCAAUAUAGGACUCGACUUUGCAAAGACGGUAUAAAGUGUAACCGAAGAGUUUGUUUCUUUGCCCACACACAAGACGAACUUAGGCCCUUGUACGUCUCGACUGGAUCUGCUGUUCCCUCGCCCCGGGGCUCAAAUACCUCAGCUGCCAAUGCUAUGGAUUUCGCUGCAGCCAUGGGGCUCAUCCCGGGCUCUCCUUCCUCCGUCUCCGUCAUGUCUCCAUCGCCAUUCACUCCACCCAUGUCUCCUUCGAACAAUGGCCUUUCAAACAUGGGAUGGCCCCAACAAAAUGUCCCUACGUUGCAUCUUCCCGGGAGCAAUUUCCAGUCCAGUCGCUUGCGAUCCUCAUUGCAUGCAAGAGACAUCCCUUGUGAACAACCGAGUAACUUGCCAGAUUUUGAUGUGCAACAAAAGCAGCUCCUAAAUGAACUCUCGUGCCUAUCCCAUUCUUUGAGCCGAUCAGCUCGUUCAAAAACCUUAGCACCUUCCAAUCUUGAUGAUCUUUUCUCCGCUGAGAGUUCAUCUUCUGGAUAUUCUGAUCAAGCAUUGGCUCAGGCUUGUUUUUCUCCUACCCAUAAAUCAGCAGUUCUCAACCAGUUCCAACAGCAGCAGCAGAGCAUGUUAUCUCCGAUCAACACAAACUUUUCGCCAAAAAACACAGAUAACUCGCUUUUGCAGGCAUCUUUUGGAGUUCAAUCUUCAGGGAGAAUGUCUCCUCGAAUUAUGGACCCUAUCUCACCACUGAGUUCCCGUGUCUCACUACUUGCUCAACGUGAGAAGCAACAGCAAUUUAGGAGCCUCAGUUCACGUGACCUUGGCUCCAAUGCCUCCGGUCCUGUUGAUUUUUCUUCAGAUUCUUGGUCAAAAUGGGGGCCUUCUGAAGGAAAGCCUGACUGGGCAGUAAAGUCCGAGGAAUUCGGUAAGCUUAGGAGAUCAUCAUCAUUUGAGCUAGCAAACAAUGGAGAGGAGCCUGAUCUCUCAUGGGUUCAGUCUCUUGUCAAAGAAUCUCCACAAGAAAUGAAAGAUAAAUCAAGUCCACACAUUGCAGGAUUUGGUGCAACUUCAGCUGAGGGAUCAUCAUCAAAUUCCCAGAUAGAUCAAAUCGAUCAAUCUACAUUGAAUGCAUGGCUGGAGCAGAUGCAUCUUGAUCAGUUGAUGGCUCAUUUGGGACCUAUCUAGCUAGGUAACUUAAUCCAAGAAGCAGCUAACGAAGAAAGGAGGCCCGAAAAAUGGGAAGAUAUUUAUUAUUUCUUUAGCUAUUUAAUUUUAUUAAUUGAAGCAGCAGCAGAUAGUAGAAGAAGAUUACUGGGUUAUAUCUAUGAAUCAUGACCCACCCAGUCUACUAGGGCCAUUUUUCUCCAAUAUUUUUAAUUGUAGGUAUGAUUAGAAUGAUAUUUCAUUUUUCAUAUGGACAUUGACAUGAAGUUAUUUGAAAGUUUAUAAAAUGUUAACUUCUUGGAUUCUCCCUCAGUUUGGCUGGAAAUAGUUGGCAGCAUGGAACUCAUCUGCUUGCUACUGUCACUUUAGUUACAGACAGGGAAAAUAAUAUAUAUAAAAUGAAAUGAAAUGAAAGAUAAACACCAUGUGGAUGGCUUGGAGUACUUAUUUUGUAGUGCAAGAAAGUGUGUUGUAGUAAAGAAGAUGGAUGGAUGGGAAUAAUUAGACAGUAUUGAUGUAACUUGUAAGCAAAUGGCAUUCAUCUCUUUAUCUUGAUGUAAUGUAUGGAUGCUUUUAUU